AUGGCCAUCCUAGAAUUUGCCAAUUCAACUCUGGGAACAAUUGCAGAGAAGUGUGUCGAUCCAAUUUUGCAUCAAUUUCAGUACUUAAUUUUCUGCAAAAGCAGCGUUCAAACUCUGAGCGAUAACAUCAAAAAACUUGAGCUAAAGGAAACUGAGGUCCAACAAAAGGUAGAUCGAGCAAAAGACAAUGUUGAAGAAAUUAAACCAACCGUUGUUGAUUGGCUGAAACAAGUUGAGGAUGUAAAGAAAGAUGCACAUACUAUUUCUGAGGCUAUGAAGACUGCUAAGGUGAAUUGCUUGAAUAUUGUUACGCUUCCAAAUUUGAAGUCAUGCUAUUUGCUAGGCCGACGUGCGGUGAAAAGAACGAGUGUUGUUGAAAAACUCUUAGAAGAGGGGCAAUUUGAUGAAGUUGGAUCCAUUGCUCCAUUAGGGAAAAUGCCGUUAAGUGAAUCAACCCCGUCCUUAGAGGAAAGCCUAGUUUCUAGGAUGUCAACAAAGAAGGAAGUGAUGGAAGCUUUAAAGCAGGAGAAAACUAACCUAAUUGCGAUUUGUGGUAUGGCCGGCGUAGGCAAGACUACUCUGGUCAAACAAAUUGCUGACCAGGUUAAGUUCGAGAAAUUGUUUGAUGAAGUUGCCAUGGCAACUGUGUCUCAAAGUCCAGACAUGAGAAAUGUCCAAAAUCAACUUGCUGAGCAGUUAGGGCUGACAAUAUCUGAGCAAACUGAUCUGCCAAGAGCUGAAAGAUUGUAUACAAGACUGAUUGGUCAUGACAAGAGAACUCUUGUUAUAUUGGAUGACAUUUGGAAAGAAGUUGAUUUUAAGAGUCUAGGAAUUCCCGUCAAAGGUGAAUGCAAGAGCUUAAAAGUAAUAUUGACAUCUCGGCUCUUUGAUGUGUGUAGUAUUAUGGGAGCUGAAAUUGUUGUGGUCAAUAUGUUGCCUGAGGAAGAAGCAUGGCAUCUUUUUAAAGAGAAGGCGGGAAUUUCUAAUGAUUUCAUUUUGAAUGAUGUUGCGAAACAGGUUGCAGGGGAAUGCAAAGGUUUACCUCUUGCAAUUGUUGUUGUUGCUAGGGCAUUAAGGAGCAAUCAUACACUAGAAUCCUGGAAUCGUGCCCUUCGACAACUAAGAAAGGACAGAAUGGGAAACCUAAAAGAAGUUCAAGAUUUGCUAUUUUCAAGGAUUGAAUGGAGCUAUAAUAGUUUGGAAACUGCUGAAAUGAAGUACCUACUUUUGCUUUGUAGCUUGUUUCCAGAGGAUCAUAGUAUUCCAAUUGAUUGCUUGGUUAGGUAUGUAAAAGGGCUACAGCAGUUCCAGGAUACAGAGACAUUCAGAGAUACAAGAGAUCAAGUAGACAUGCUGGUUGAUCAGUUAAGAAACUCCUAUUUGUUGCUAAAUGAUGGUGGAAAAGAAGACCAUGUAAAAUUGCACGAUGUCGUGCGAGAGGUUUGCUUGUCAAUUGCAUCAAAAGCAGAGCACGAGUUUUUGGUGAGGAAUGCUGGAGUGGGAGAAAAGAAUUCUUACACUGCAAUUUCACUAAUAUCCCAAGAUUCCAAUCAUGAUCUACUUCCAUUUUGCAAGGAAUAUCCAAGGCUUAUGCUAUUGCGUUUGGUAAUCAAAUCAGGGAAAUUAAACCUACCAAAAGAUUCUUUUGUAGGAAUGGAAGCUCUUAGGGUCAUGGAGUUAAAUAAUUUGCACAUAGAAUUUUCGCUAUCAUGGCCUGGCCAAAUGUUAAGGAGCCUUAGAACACUGUGUUUGGAUUAUUGUUACUUGGGCACUGGACUGUCGGCAAUGCUUGGACACGUGAUGCAAUUGGAAACUUUGAGUCUCUUUAAAUCCAAAAUUCAGGAUGAUCAGUUUCCAGCAGAAAUUGCUUGGCCGCGCAAUUUAAAGUUGUUGGAUUUGAGGGUUGAAAGUAGCCUCCAUCCUUUACCUAGUGGUAUCUUGUCAAGCUUGAAGAAACUAGAAGAAUUGUAUUUGGGAUCUUAUCUUCAUUUGCGGCUAGGGAGAGAUAGAGAAGAGAAAAGAAAAUGCUUUAAGGAGAUCUCAUCAAUCUCUAACCUUGCAUGUCUCCAAAUUGAUUUUUAUGACCUUGACCUCCUGCUUCUAUUUUUGCAAGAAUUUGAUACUCAGAGGUUGUCAAGAUUUCACAUUGUAGUAGCUAAUUAUGAAAGAAAAAAGAGAGAUCUCAGUGGAAGCUAUCAAUUUCGAACUAGUUUCGAGCUUCAUUUGUCUGAUGAUAAAGCAUUGAAACAAGCGUUUUAUCCUAAAGUUACUAGCAUUGUCAAGAGAACUGAGAAUCUCGCUUUGAAUCUUUCUAAAUCAUUGUGCUUAAGGAGGCUUGUGCCUGACUUAGGUGCAAAUGGAUUUAUCAAUUUGAAAAAACUUGAUCUGCACGGAGGAAAAUAUGAAUGCCUUAUUGAUUCUACCACCAACCUUGUUGCUCGACAUGUUUUUGAAAAUUUGGUGUCCAUGGAGUUAGGAAGUUUGGAGUUGAAAGAAAUAUGUAAUGGAUUUCUCCCACCUGGGUGCUUCAAUCAACUUCAAGAGGUGAAACUUAAUUUUAUAAGUGCUUUAAAUUAUUUGUGGAAGGAGCCAGUUGAACCUCCGUCACUAUGCAACCUCAGAUCUAUCAGGUUAUUACGCUGUGAACAAAUUACAACUCUCUUCUCACAAAAAAUAUUGAAAUGUCUAGUGAAACUCCAAAAGAUAGACAUAGUUGAUUGUCGCAAGUUAGAGAGCAUUAUUCUGAGGGAGGAGGGUCUGAAAAAGGAAGUGCUCAAGCUUCCCCAACUCAAAGUCUUGUCCCUUACGUGGACAAACUUAAUGGGUUUUGUCUCCAGAAAUGACAAAGUCGAGGCUUUUUUCAAUCAGGUUUCACUCCCUCGCUUGGAACGACUAGCGAUGGAGAGUCCCGGUCAUGGCCCCGAGCAGCUAAUAGGAGGUAAAAUGCCUGGUGGGUCUCUUGACAACUUAAAAUCUGUGGUGCUCUCCUGUUGUAACUCUAUCCGAUGCAUUGCCAAAGCUAAUACAGUUACAUUAUUACAAAACUUGCAAUUACUUCGGGCGUUGGAUUGUAGUGGGAUGGAGUUUCUUAUCGACUUUGAGGGUCUAAAAGUUCCAAAUACUCCAUCAGAAAAGGCACUUGAAAUUCUUCCCAAAGUAGAGACACUGUACUUAUGUUGCUGUACAAGAUUAACCCACAUUUGGAGGAAUUUUUCUGAAGCGGUUCGAGUAUUCCAAAACUUAAGAAGUCUAUGUGUAGAUCAUUGCCCAUUAAACUUUUUGUUUUGUCCUCCUUCUGUGGCUAACAUGCUCACAAGUCUUGAGAAACUACAAAUUAGGAGCUGCAGGAAAAUGCAUGGAAUUAUAGGCCAGGAAAAUGAAGAGGUCAGCCAAGAAGAUAAUGCUCAGCAACAUGAUGUUGAAAAACAUAGAGAAAUUGCACUGGAAAGAACCAAGAGGGAGUUCGAGUUUCCUAGACUGUGCAAACUGUGGUUGGAUGACCUUAAGAAUCUUCGAAGCUUUGGUGGUAGUCACCAGGAGGAUUGUGAGUUUAAAUUUCCCCAACUCACUGAGUUGACCAUAACGAAUUGCCCAAAGUUGAAGAAAUUCUGUUUUGGAAAUUUGGAUGCACCAUUGCUUAAGAAAGUCACGGUAGCAUGGAAGCUUGAAGCUCCUGUGGAUUUAAAAGUAUUAAUAUUCUAA